AUGAACUUCUCCAUCAGCAACUGUGACACUGCCUCCACCAUCAAGAGGUACGAUGAUCAAAGCAUCGACAUCAUGACGUUCAACCAGACGUGUCGGUAUCGUGUCCUCAUGGGAGAUCAUCCCGAGGGCGAGGGACAGGACUACGGCAACUCCACGUCAACAUCGCACUUGUCCCAACUUCACGUCCAGCUAUAUUUUCCAGGAGAUCCUCUUCCGUCACGGCAACCCAAGGUCGGCAUCGUGAUUCGAAUCCAGCUCAAGAUGGAAUGGGGUCACGUCCACCCUUCGGUCGCAGCUCGCCGGGACAAGAUGCCGGGCUAUGACCAGUCCUAG